ACCGAGCUGUCAAACAACACCGAACAGCAACAACGAAAAACGCCAAAGUCAUUGCAGUUGAACAUUCUCUCAGUCGCCCGAAUAUCUUUGUUUAAAGGGAGUUCGUGGUUAUAUUGAACACUUCCUGCUGAUUGAAUUGGUUUUUUAAACGUGAACAUCAUCAUAUAUUAAAGUGAAAUUUGUGCUGUAGUAUAGAACAUCGAGUGGAACUGCUUGUCCCCUACGAAGACCAUUAUGGAUCGCUUACUUCGACUUGGUGGUGCUAUGCCCGGUUUGACCCAGGCCCCUCCACCUACAGAUGCUCCCGUUGUUGAUACUGCUGAGCAGGUUUAUAUUUCCUCGCUAGCUUUGCUCAAAAUGCUCAAACACGGGCGAGCUGGAGUUCCCAUGGAAGUUAUGGGAUUAAUGUUGGGAGAAUUUGUUGAUGAUUACACCGUGCAAGUAAUUGAUGUGUUUGCUAUGCCACAGACUGGCACGGGUGUUUCCGUCGAGGCUGUCGAUCCAGUAUUUCAAGCAAAGAUGUUGGAUAUGCUUAAGCAAACCGGACGGCCUGAGAUGGUGGUGGGAUGGUAUCACUCCCAUCCCGGUUUCGGAUGCUGGCUUUCCGGCGUAGAUAUUAAUACACAACAAUCGUUCGAGGCGCUCUCUGAACGGGCCGUAGCCGUGGUUGUGGAUCCCAUUCAAUCGGUCAAAGGAAAGGUCGUUAUCGAUGCGUUCCGCUUGAUCAACCCGAACAUGCUUGUCUUGGGCCAGGAACCGAGACAGACCACCUCGAACUUGGGUCAUUUGCAGAAACCUUCCGUUCAGGCUCUCAUUCAUGGACUGAAUCGUCACUAUUACUCGAUUAGCAUCAACUACAGGAAAAACGAGUUGGAGCAAAAAAUGUUGCUGAAUCUUCAUAAAAAGUCCUGGAUGGAUGGUCUCACAUUGGCUAACUAUCAGGAACAUUGUAGUAUAAACGAGAGCACGAUUAGCGAAAUGUUAGAGUUGGCUAAGAAUUACAAUAAGGCACUUGAAGAUGAGGAGAAGAUGACCCCGGAGCAGUUAGCUAUUAAGAACGUUGGUAAACAGGAUCCCAAGCGGCAUUUGGAGGAAAAGGUCGAUACACUGAUGUCGAACAAUAUAGUUCAAUGCCUGGGAGCGAUGCUCGAUACGAUCGUGUUUAAGUAAUCCAUAUUCCAAUCAGAAGCUGCUGCUUAUUGUCAUCCUGUGCGAGGAGUCGAAACAAUGCGUCCGAUGUCCUGUUGACGCCCGUUGGAAAUCGAUUACUUAUUCGGAACUAUUGAUAACGUAUCUCGUGA